ACAGCUAAUUAUUUUCCUUUCUUUAUGACGAAAAAUUAUAAUUGACAGAAUUACAAGGUUUUAUAGUUUCCUCAAUUAUCAACAGCUGCAGUGAAGAUCCUCCAACUCCUUAACAGCAAAAGAAAUCCCAACACAUUAAUGCCUUAAUUGCAGGCUUUUAACCUUUUUCUUUCCCUUCUAUCAAACCACAACUCAAAGCUCUCACCUCUUUUGUCCUGUCCCUGUCCCCCCCUCUCUCUCUCUCUCUCUCUCUCUCAAGCUCACAACUUUGGUUUUUUUUUCUGAGCAGUUCACCGGCGUCGACCUCGCCGGGAUCUGGUCGGGAAGUUUCACCGGAAAAAGAGAAUGAACCUCAAUUGAGGCUUUUCCCUUUUCAGCAUUCUGUUUAUAAGCUAAAGGAACUUGGUUCUUUUUUCUUUUUCUUUUUGGAUCAUUUUGAAAAAAAGGCUUUUCUGGGGAGUAGUUAGUGGAGAUUUAGUUGAAACCGAAUCAUAAGAAUUCUGGGUUUUGCAUAUUUGGAUAAUGUAUGUUGAGAGUUUACGGGGUUUUGGCCAAAAUAAGUAAGUUUUUUAAAUCUGGGUUUGUCUUUUUUAAGCUUUAGUUUUGCUUUUGGUAAGCUGGGUGGAGCUGUUGUUUCUAGCUAAGGUUUUUGUUAUUAUCUUAAUUCAAAAGUUUGGUUACAAGGGAAGUUUAGAGUUCAAGGAGUUGGUGGUUAAGUUUAUUAAAAUUUUCAGAAAUCACCAUAUCUUGGGAAAAGAAAACCCAAAAUUUCAGAGGGUUUUUUUUUUUUUUUGCAUUAUAAUUGAUUAAAAAAGCCUGAAGAUUUGGAUCAAGUGGGGGUGAAGUUUGAGGUGAAAAGGGGUAAUUUACAAUGUGCAGAGUAGAAGAGACAAGUGGAAAGUGUGAUUACAGGAAACAGUGGGAAAUGAAAAUUAAGAUGUUUGGGGAAGGGAAAGUGGAGAAGUUAAAGAAUUCAAUGGUUUCAAGGUCUAGAAUGAAGCUAUGGAUGAUAAGGGCAUUAACCACAAUUUUGUUAUGGACAUGCUUUGCUCAUUUGAUGACAUUAGGCGAAAUUUUUGGUCCCAAGUUGCUCAAAGGCUGGCCUUCUUGUUUCACUCAUUCUACUUCUGAGUUGCCUUUGGUUGCUCCUGAAUUGUCUUCUAUUCCACCAAAACUCAUUCUUCCACCGAAAAGGUUAUAUAAGAAUAAUGGUUAUCUUAUGGUUUCCUGCAAUGGAGGACUCAACCAAAUGCGAGCUGCGAUUUGCGACAUGGUUGCCAUUGCCAGAUACCUAAAUGUCACACUUAUUGUUCCUGAACUAGAUAAAACCUCUUUCUGGAAUGACCCUAGUGAGUUUAAGGACAUUUUCGAUGUUGAUCACUUCAUUACUUCCUUGAGAGAUGAGGUUCGGAUAUUGAAGGAACUACCACCCCGAGUUCAGCAUCGAGUUGACCAAGGAAUGUUCCUCUCUAUGCAACCGAUUAGUUGGUCCGAUAUUUCUUAUUAUGCUCAUCAGAUUCUUCCUCUUGUGCAAAAGCACAAAGUUGUACAGUUGAAUAAAACCGAUGCUCGGCUUGCAAAUAAUAACCUACCACCCGAGAUUCAGAAGUUGCGCUGCCGUGUAAAUUUCAAUGCGCUUAAAUUUACUUCUCAAAUCGAGGAAUUGGGUAGAAGGGUUGUCAAGAUUUUGAGGGAGAAAGGCCCUUUUCUCGUGCUUCAUCUCCGAUAUGAAAUGGACAUGUUGGCUUUUUCCGGCUGCACUCAUGGUUGCAACAGCGAUGAAGAGGAAGAACUUACAAGGAUGAGGUAUGCUUAUCCCUGGUGGAAGGAAAAAGUAAUAAAUUCAGAAAUGAAAAGGAAAGAAGGUUUGUGCCCUUUGACACCCGAAGAAACUGCUCUAGUAUUAAGAGCACUCGGUAUUGACCGCAAUGUUCAAAUUUACAUUGCCGCCGGAGAAAUAUAUGGUGGAGAGAGACGGAUGGCUCCGUUGGCAGAAGCAUUUCCUAAUUUGGUCAGAAAGGAGACUCUGCUAGUUCGAUCGGACUUGAAAUUCUUCCAAAACCACUCAUCCCAAAUGGCAGCGUUGGAUUAUCUAGUUUCCUUAGAAAGUGAUAUAUUCGUUCCUACAUAUGACGGAAACAUGGCCAAGGUUGUCGAAGGCCAUCGGAGAUUCUUGGGGUUCAAGAAAACGAUCUUAUUAGACAGAAAACUUCUGGUUAAGUUAAUAGAUGAAUACCAGAGCGGGUCGUUAAGCUGGGACGAGUUCUCAGAAACCGUGAAGGAAGUACAUUCGGAUAGAAUGGGAAACCCGAAGAAACGGGUGGUCAUUCCGGAUAGACCAAAAGAAGAAGAUUAUUUUUAUUCUAAUCCACAUGAAUGUGUACAACUGUUGGAUGAACCUUUGAGUUGAUCUUCAAUUACACUCUGUACUUAAAAUACAUAUUUUAUGAUUAGUCAUAAUUCCAAAAUAAUGGAAAUAUUCAAAUCCCAAUUUA